AUGGUGAGCAGUUUGCUCCUUUCUACUGCUGCUAAGAGGUUGGAAGGAAAAGUAGCAAUAAUUAUUGGUGGCAUUGGAUCUAGGAUCACACAGCUAUUCUCUGAACAUGGUGCCAAAGUCCUAAUAGCUGACACCCGAGAUUAUGAAAGCCAAUCUAUCUGCAAAGAUUUAGGUCCUGGUAAUGCAUUCUUUGUUCAUUGUGAUGUCACAAGCGAAUCAGAUGUCCAAAAUGCAGUGAACAAAGCAUUCUCUACACAUGGAAGGCUUGAUAUAAUGGUCAACAAUGCUGGUAUCAUGGGAGACAAGGUAUUGGACAUUCUUGAUUGCGAAGUAACUGAUUUUAUUAAUGUCUUUCAUGUUAACACCCUUGGUGCAUUUCUAUUAAUGUCCUUCAUGUUAACACCCUUGGUGCAUUUCUGGAACUGA